AUGUCAUACUACUUCACCAUCCUCUCACCAACCGAUACGCCGAUAUUUAACAUCGCCUUCGGCACAUCCAAAAGUGGCGGCGAUGGCAUUGCCCGCUUCCGAUUCCCAGACACCGCGCAGUACAUGAAUCAAUUCAUCAUCCACUCGAGUCUAGAUAUCGUCGAAGAAGCCCAGUGGACAAAUGGUGGAAUUGGAGCGCGCUUCCUUCUCCUACACCAACCCCCACAACUUCCCGCCGGUAACUCAAGCGGCCUUGGUGCGUCUUCGCUUCUGGGCUCUUCCGGCUCAACCACCCGUGCUUCGUCAAGCUCUAUCGCUGCGAACCCAACCUCGCCGCAGACUGAAGAGGCGGUGCGCCAGUUUAUGAAUGAGAUUUAUGAGAGCUAUGUGAAAACUGCUAUGAGCCCUUUCUAUAAGCAGGGAAUGGAAAUUCGGAGUCCAGUCUUUCGGACGAAGGUUACGGCUGCGGGGAAGAAGUGGCUGUAG